UUCACAAUUGCAUCUGAUUGGGUGCUUCGCCUAGAUAUUGUUUGGGGGAGGCGGCGCCCCCGCCGCCGUCGCCGCCCUCCCCCUCUCCUAGGACACAAACAGCAGCGCACAAGAGGUCAUCCCCCAGCAGGGAGAACAGGGAAGGGACUCCAGCGCGAGCGAGUUUUUCGAGCCGCGAAAGGGGUGGACCCCUUUUACUAUCAGUGCCCGGGCUUCCAUGGCGGCCUCGGUGCCCGCGCCGCCUGCGCCUCCUCUGCCACUGGUAGAGCAUGUGACGACGCGCCGGCUGAGGCGAUCGCCGUCCGCCAGGCGCUGCUGUCAGGGGAGCUGCCUCAGGGCCGUGGGCACCUCGGCCGCCGAGGCCCACUCUGGACUGCCGCGGUACCAUGUCUCGGUCCAGGGCGAGCAGUUCAAGUUCAGCUGCGCGCACUUUGUCGCGUACAAGGGCUUCAGGGAAAGGCUGCAUGGGCACAACUACACUGUGGCAGUUGGGAUUGAUGGGCCCCGCCUGGACGACGGCUACACGCUUGAUUUUGGAAUCCUUAAACGUGCCAUCAGGACCGUCUGCAAGGAGCUCAAUGAGCACCUGAUUGUCCCCAUGCGCAGCGACGUGAUCACGAUAACUGUCGACGACACCCGCAACCAGCUCUCUAUGGUGUGCGAGGACGGGGCGAGCUUCUCGGUGCCCGUUACCGACUGUGCCUUGCUCCCUCUUGUACAUUCCACGGCAGAGGAGCUUGCUGAGUACAUUCACUCCAGACUGGUACAUGUGAUUGGCCACGACGUAUUCGUGACGAGGCGCUUGCACCUCAUGCAGGUUACCAUCUCGGAGCGACCGCCGCAGAGCGCCACCUACAUCGCGCCGACACCAGCAGACGCUAAGCUGUGACAGGCUGGACCCGCAGUUUUCUUCGUCGUCGUCGUUCUCGUCGUUCUCGUCGUCUCUUCCUUUCAAAGUAGCUAAGAUUCGGCUCUUCUGCUGUUUCCCGUCGUAUGGUUUUGCACUUCUUGGCCGCUGGCGCCUUCCUUGUCCGCAAAUGUUUGGCUGUGUCGUAGACUCGCCAGAGAAACCCUGACUAGAAGCAUCCAGAACACCCA